CAGGGGCCCCUAUUUCGACCCCAUUGGCGCCCCACUGGUUGGAGCAUACCACCGAGGCGCGCCGCCAGUGGACUGCCACGUUUUCGUUGACGACGAUGACGGCGACUACGGCAGCGGCCCGCAGGCUUACCUCUACUACGGCUGGCACGGCCACCUCAACGUCGCGAAGCUGAAUGCCGACAUGAUCAGCAUUGGCCUCUUAGACGAUGGGUCGCAGUUCCAGGAGAUCACGCCAGCGGCGGCCAAGGGCUGCGCGGUGCAGGGCAAGUCACACGUUUUCAAGCGGGCGGGGCUCUACUACCUGAUGUGGUCCAGCGGGAGGCAGGGCGACAACGACAACGACGGUCAUGGCAACUGCGCGCCAGCCAUCAGCUACGCCACGUCGUCCAGCCCACUGGGGCCGUUCUUGCCCGUGGCCGGAAACAGCACGGUCUUGCAGCUUGACCCAGCCGUGGCCGCCGUGACUAGCACCGCUGCCAUCGGCAGCAGCACCAUCAACGUGCCCGGCACCGACAUCUGGUACCUCGUGUACAACCGCCAGCCGCUCAGCGAACAGGGGGCUGCGCCCGGGACGCACACCGUUUUAGCGUACGACCGGCUGUAUUUCAGCACCCGGGCCAAAGGCAGCACGAUCGAGCCCGUGCAGAUGCUCGUCCAGGACAACUUUGCGGACGGCGACAUGGUGGGGUGGACGGCGUACGACGACGACAACGGCUCGUCGUUCAUGCCCUCUAGCGGCCAGCUCGCCGCGGGCUGGUCAUGGGGCGGCAAGGCACUGCUCGACGUCAACUUCACAGACUUGGCCCUAACCGCCGACGUCUCGGCCCCCUUCCUCGCCGCGGUCCCCAGCACGGAGAAUAACGCCAUGGCCAGCAACCGACAACACCUCGUCCUCGGGGACGCGGGUCUCGUGUUCCGCGUCGCGCCGCCCAUCACCUCCGACGUAGACAGUUACCGCGGCUACUACGCCGGCAUCCGCACCACUAGAAACGGUGCCGAGGUAGUUCUCGGCCGGGCGGACGGAGGGCGCUGGACCCAGCUGGCAGCGACGAGGCUCCAGGCUUUAGCGGGCAGCGGUAGUGGGCGUUACCGCAUGCGAGUCAAGGCCGUAGGCGACAACAUCCAGGUGUUUAUCGGUGGCGACAACGGCGACCUAGCGCACGAGGAGCCUCAGAUCAACGUCACAGACGGAAGCUACGCUAGCGGUCGUGCCGGCGUCCGGGUAUAUCUUACGUCUGCCGUGUUUGGUAACGUGUCGCUGGCGAGGCCGUAGUUGGGGCUAGCUGGUGCGUUUCCGCGAGGGGUUGGAAGUGACAGACAAUACUAGACAGACCGUACUGUAGCGUGGCAGGUUGACAAUAUGUGCGCUAUCUUAUUCGUUUCGGCCACGUGUGAACAGGCGUGGGAAACGCAAAUGGCUUGUCAGGCCCGCAUGCCAACAGACAUUGAUAGGUAGUACGGAUAUUCUUCAGACGAUACACACGCAUCUACCUUAUUACCUUGACAGCAGCGUGAGCCUGGAAGAGCGCCAUAGACAAUAAAGUUAUCAAGACCAAGAAGAAGAGUGAAAGGGUGCGGAACUACCAUCUCACCUCACCUCACCUUACCAUGUGACAGAGCAAACACGAAACACGACAGCCCGGCUACUGCCUACAGAGAAAACAUUAGUC